AUCGUUGAACCCAUUUCCGCUUGCGACCGUGAAAUCUGUCCGACAAUGUUAAUGUUACCAUUAAAUCGAAGUUUGAGAAGUUUUGCUGUUCGUUGACUCUUAAAUUUGAAUUUGUUAAUAAAGCUAUAUAUACGUGCUUAAUGUCAACAUAUUGAUAACUAAAACUAGCUUGUCAAAAAUGAAAGUUAAAAUAGCGUUCUUGAUAUGUGCGGUGUUUUUACUGGCAGCGGCGGCGGCAGCAGAUGAGAUGCUGAAAAUAUCCGGAGGAAAGAUGUUAAUGGGAACCAGUGCAGCUGAUGGGAGAGAUGGGGAGGCCCCCACCAAGGAGGUUGAACUGCAGCCUUUUGAAAUAGACAAAUACCCUAUCACAAAUGCCGAUUUCAGAGACUUUGUGAGAGCACAGAAGUACAAAACUGAAGCUGAGACGUUUGGUUGGAGUUUUGUGUUUCAAGAUUUUGUGCCAGAAGAGCUGAAGAGCAAAGUCACUCAGAGAAUUGAGUCUGCUCCUUGGUGGCUGCCUAUAGAACGGGUGUUUUGGAGACAGCCUGCAGGACCUGGUUCAGGCAUUCGGGAGCGCCUGAGCUUCCCGGUGGUUCAGGUGAGCUGGAACGACGCUCAGGCUUUCUGCCAGUGGAGGGGCAAGAGACUCCCUACUGAGCAGGAGUGGGAGUGGGCUGCACGAGGGGGGCUGCAAGGUCGUACUUUUCCGUGGGGAAACAAAUUCCAGGCCAACAGAACCAACCUGUGGCAGGGAUCCUUUCCAGAGGGAGACACAGCAGAGGAUGGAUACCAUGGCGUCUCUCCCGUCACAGCUUUUCCUCCUCAGAACAGUUUUGGACUGUAUGACAUGAUGGGAAACACAUGGGAAUGGACAUCAACACCCUUUCCAGCAGCACAGCCAAUGUUCGUGCUGCGUGGUGGCUCCUGGAUCGACACCGUGGAUGGUUCAGCCAAUCAUAAGGCACGAAUCACGACCAGGAUGGGCAACACUCCUGACUCUGCCUCUGAUAACCUGGGAUUCAGAUGUGUUGUCAGCGAUGGACAGAAACAAGGGAAGAAAAAAGACAAGACUGAACUGUAGCGAUAAACAGAGUAAGAAAUAUGAAGUGAAGGACAAUACUGCUCUUAGGAACCAAACAAAGAACAAGAAGAAAGCAAGGGACCAAUUAAGUAUCAAUGACUAACAAUGAGUUUUAACAAUGAUGAUGGUGUGAGUGUAGACACAAACUGUAUUUCUCCUGUGGAGAACUUUAGAUUCUUUUGUUUUAUGAAUUAUACACAAACAUACUAAUACCUUUUUAUGUUCAAGAAAGAAAAAGUAUUGCAAAGAAAGAAAAGCCCCUUGUAACUGUUUUUCCAAAAGCCGAUCAGUUUACAGGCAUGACUGAAGAGACUUGUUGUCUCAUCGCCAAAUACACUGACAAAUAAAUAGGACACUCUUUGACUGUCAAUGGUA